AACGCACUACGUCACGCUAUUUUACGAGUAUAAAAACAACCUUGUGGGCGUGAUAGUACUUUAUGUACCCAUUUUGUGAACAAAACUUCAACAUGGUGCAAGUACCAAAAUCCGGAACGAGAGAAAAUCUUAAUCUGAAGGCUGGCCAUCCUCCAGCAGUGAAAGCUGGCGGUAUGCGUGUGGCCAAGAAGAGCACAGAGGAGACAGGAGCGGCAGAGAAGGAGACCAAGAGGCCCGAUAAGCCGAGACCAGCAAGUGCCAGCUCCAAAAUGCAUCAAGUCAGUGUUCUGACGGCUGGUACGCUGGAGAAGCUGGGCCAUGACUUUCCGGAGACCCCGGUGAGCGUGCGGCACAGCCGAGUCCGGCCGGCAAUGGAGAAGCCACACAUACCACGCACCUUCUUCAUCCAGCAGCCUCGCAAGUGUUGAACCCCAUCUCCCGUCAAACGCACACAGCCACGGAUGGAUGCCCGCCCACCCACACCAUCUUCCCCCACCACCACCACAGGUCUGACUUGACUUGUGUAGUGAGCCAUAACACACAGGAAGUGAGUGGUGUGUGCUGUGUGUGAGGGACUUGUCUCACAUUGCCAGUUAAUCUUUAACCCUUUCCAUUAAUGUGACAUCUGUUUAGGCUGUCUUGGAUGCACAUUAUUAUCCUUCUAACCUUGCAGCUUUUUGUGCAAGACUGUUUAAUAUCUCUUUAGGUAUUUUGUAUGCUUACUAUAAACCAGUCUUGGUUUGUGCUUUUUUUGAGAGUGCUUCAUGGCAAGUUUUGGGUUCUGUUGAAACUGUGUGAACUAAAAAAAAAAAAGGAAACCAGCAAAGUGGACCAGCUUGAUACUUACUCAUUGUCCCUGUAAUGCAUUUUGUAGCAAAACAGGUUUUGCACUUGUUUACAGCUUUGGUAUGUUUGCAUGGCAUUACAUUAAAAGCUUAUUUUGUCAGUUAUCUAAAAUCCUAGUAUUUUUUUCACUGUUGUGCUUGAAGCUCCACUUCAGUAAAGUCUCCAUUUCUGCAAA